AUGGCUGAACCCUCCAACUCCGAGCUCAAGGAGUUGAUCAACAACGUCCUCACCAAAGUCACGGCCGUCGAAGGCGAGGUGUCCUCGCUGAAGGUCGACCAAGCCCGCCUCCACGUCGCCGUCAACAACGUCCAGUCCGAGCGGAUGGAGCACGCCGGAUCAUCCGCGGCGGGCGCCAAGGGCAAGAACGUCGUCAGCUCGUCCUUCUCGCCAUCAGCACCACACAAGCUUCGCUUCCCCAUGUUCGACGGAACGUCAGACCCGAUCACAUGGGUUCAUCAUUGCGAGCAGUUCUUCCGUCAAGCCCAGUCCACCGACGACGACAAGCAUCUUGAGCGCAACCAAGGUGUGCCGACCUGGCCGCGCUUCGUCGAGCUUGUCCACCUCCGCUUCGGCCCUCCGACACGCAGCAAUCCGCUGGGCGAGCUCAUCAACGUCAAGCGCAUGGGCUCGGUGGCCGACUACCAGGAGCAAUUCCUCACGUUCCUCGCCCGCUGCGCCGACGUGACGGAGCCGCAACAGAUCGCGAUCUUCACGGCUGGCCUCGGCGACCCGCUCGGCGUCGACGUCGAACUCCAGCGACCUUCUUCCCUGGAAGACGCCAUGGGCCUUGCCCGGGCUUUCGAGCGCCGGCUCACCAUCACAGACACGGCGCCGUCCGCCGCCACGCGCGGCUCGAACCGGCCCGCGCCGUCACGCUCCAUGUCGUCGACGACGUCGCCUCAACGCUUCGCCAACUCGCCGCCGGCUACCUCACCCAACUCUACGCCACAGCAGGGGUCUCGUCCACGGCCAGCACCCGGCGCGCGCUUCUCGCGGCUCACCCCCGAAGAGAUGGCCAAGCGGCGGGAGGAAGGCCUAUGCUUCAACUGCCCAGCCAAGUUCACGCGCGAGCAUCUCAAGGAGUGCACCAUGCGUGGCAUCUACCUACUGGAGGUCGAAGGCGAGACGGAGCUCGAUGACUCCGGCAGCAACAACGUGCAGAUCUCCGCCAACGCCAUCACCGGCAUCGCCUCCAGCAAGACCAUGCAGCUCCGCGUCGCGCUAUCCUCCGGCGAGCUGCGUGCGCUGGUGGAUUCCGGCUCCACGCACUGCUUCAUUGCAGAAGAGGCGGCCCAUCGCGUCGGCCUCGUUCCGACCCCGCGACCCGGCAUGACCGUGGGCGUUGCGAACGGCGACCGCGUUCCCUGCGCCGGCGUCUGCACUGCUGUUCCAGUCCUCAUCGGCGACGAGCGCUUCUCCAUCGACUUCUUCAUCAUCGCGCGUGGAGGACACAAGAUGGUCCUGGGCUGCCACUGGUUGCGCACCCUAGGACCCGUGCUCUGGGAUUUGGAAUGCCAGUCCAUGUCGUUCUGGCGCAUCGACCAUCGCGUGCAGUGGCACGGCCUCGACGCGCCAACCGGCGUCCACGCCCGCACCCUCGACUCCGGCAACCUGCUGCAACUCCUACUCGCCGAUUUCGCCGACAUCUUCGCGACUCCGCAAGGUUUGCCGCCGGCCCGUGCUUCCGAUCACCGCAUUCACUUGCUUCCAGGCACACCCCCGGUCGCGGUGCGGCCCUAUCGUUACCCGCAGUUGCUCAAGGACGAGAUCGAGAAGCAAUGCGCCGACAUGCUCCGACAAGGGAUCAUCCGCCCUAGCACGUCGCCGUUCUCGUCGCCAGUGCUGCUCGUUCGCAAGAAGGACGGCACGUGGCGUUUCUGCGUCGACUACCGCGCCCUCAACGCCAAGACCGUCAAAGACAAGUUUCCGAUCCCGGUCGUCGACGAGCUCCGUGGUGCACGCUUCUUCACAUAG